GCAUCCAGUUACUCCGUCCUGGAGAGUGCCGGCAAACUGGAUGUCGAGGUGCUGUUCCACAGAACCAUUCCGAAGAAUGGUGGGGCAUUAAUGGAAAAUGGAAAAGCCUCCACGUAUGAGGUACCAAGACGAAAACAGCAAGAAAGAGGAGGAUGGCUACAUCAACUCGGUCGUCAGCAUAGCCUAUGAGACAAGAGAAGGAACAGCCAAAUAUGAAACUGAAUUCCAAUACACACAAGGAGUCUUGGUCUUUCAAGAGACGGAGUGGCGUAAAACCAUCUCCAUUCCCAUCAUCAAUGACAACCAGUAUGAAAGCAACAUGGAUUUCUACAUCAUCCUGAAGAACCCGGAUGGAGGAGGGGCGCUGGGAGACCCCAGCCUGACCCGGGUCACAAUCAUCGAUGAUGACGUUCCUGGUGAGUUUUCAUUUGACAGUCCCACCUACACUGCCAACUUAGAGAAGGGAAUUGUGACGGCCACCGUGCUGAGAUCGAAUGGCUCAGAUGGGAUAGUCUCGAUCCAGUAUGCAACAGUAGAUGGCUCAGCCCGCGGUGGGCCGGACGUCAAUCCUGCAGACUACCGGUCGACCUCAGGGACUCUCCUUUUUGAGCACGGAGAAACCAGCAAGCACUUAGAAAUUGAAGUCAACAGAAACACCAAGGAGCCAAAGAACUUUGUGAUUACAUUAAGGAACCCAAGCUUAGGAGCUAAACUCGGAGAACACAGCGCUGCAGUGGCCAAUCUAGUGCUUGAUGACAUCACGGAGCGACUGGCCACUCUCUUGGCUGAAAACGAGGAAGAAGAGGAAGAAACAUGGCUCGACCAAAUCAAAAGUGCAAUGACUGUAGGAGGAGACAAGGACGAGCAAGGAAACGAGAUUCCACCAGCCAAGGUUGACUAUCUCUUUCACUUCAUCACGUUCCUCUGGAAAGUCAUAUUUUCACUCAUCCCACCAAGGAGCGUCUGGGGUGGUUGGCCAGCAUUUUGGUUGUCUCUUUGUUUCAUUGGUGUGUUAAGUGCAAUAGUGGAACAGCUUGCUUCACUGUUUGGCUGUGUCCUGUAUGUUAAAGCAGCAGUGGCUGGUAUCACCAUCAUUGCACUGGGGACCAGUGUACCCGACACCUUCGCCAGUCGCACGGCAGCCAUUCAUGAUCAGUUUGCCGAUGCUGCAAUUGGAAAUAUCACAGGCAGCAACAGCGUGAACGUGUUCCUUGGUCUUGGUAUUCCUUGGAUCAUUAGUGUCAUGUACAACCUAACCACCAAAAGAGGUCCACUCAGGAUAGAGCAGGGAAACCUCUUCAUGUCGGUACUCCUUUUCACCGGUAUUGGGAGUGUCUGCAUCUUAAUACUCAUCCUGAGGAGAAAGCUUUUCGGUGGAGAGUUAGGAGGGCGUAAGGUGACAAAGCAUCUCUCAGGAGUGCUCUUAGCAGUGCUGUGGCUAGUGUACAUCACAAUCCUGUGCCUAAAGGCUUACUUGGUGAUAUAGAGAGGUGUUACUAUAGCAACUGAUCCAUUCCUCCUCGUGGGCUGCUGUUAUUCUGUGGCAGCUGAGAGCCAGAAGUGUGAAGAUGCUUGGCUAAUGAAAGCACCGUAACCCACAUUUUGCUCUUUUGUUUUUCAAUGGACGAAGUCCCGGUUGUGUGAGAUGUUCUCAUUGGAUGAUUUCUUGGAAUACUGGCUACAUAUAUUCAUGAGUUCAAUAUAGAGAUCAGAAAUAUUGCGAUUCCGAGAGAUGGCUUCAGGAUUUCCAGGAAUCAGUGUUUAUAGAACCAAGGAAGUUCAAAAGGGCUUGCUGAUGGGUAAUGUACUGCGGAGGUAAACAGCUAGGUAGUAUUUUACUAAGAGUAAAUAUUGAUCAACAUCUUUGGCUCAUACCAUAUAUAGUUAAUGUUCAAGCUAUUCAUCAAUGAUUAGGUUUAACUACUUAAGAGGCAGCCGUGUAAUCAAAGUGGCCCAAGUCAUGAAGCCCCUCCCACAGGAAAUUUUAACCAAAUCACAGCUGAGAGUGCACAACCUCGACAAAAGUCUGGCACAAGCAUUGGCACAAAAACAUGUGUUAUAAGCCUUUUGCUAGUUAAAUUUGAAUAAAAUCUGGUACAAGGCUGAGUUAUCUGUUUACCCACAAACAUACCAAUAUGAGUUUCCCAGACUAAAGACACUGUUGCUAUAGCUCAUGAUUCAGGGCAAGCUUUGCAUAGU